AUGAACGAGUUAAUCACAGCAAUCAUCCUCGGCGCAUCUGGAUACGGCGCCUUCUUGGCGGUCGGUAUCGGAUGUCUCAUCUGGUACAAUAUAUGGAAUCGUAAGAACAUGGAGAAAGAGUUUGAGACGAAUGAAGCAUUCUCGGCUCGGCUAGAAAAGCCGGAGGCGCGGCUCGAGAGUGGCAUGAUUUCGUGGGACGGCUCGUCCCCGGGUCACUCGACAAUAGACUCGCUGGGGUCGCGCGGCUUGAUAGCGGCGUUGGGUCGAUCGUCUUUCGCCAGGAGCCAGAGGCGCAGAGCAUCAUCGACACCAUCGUUGUCGCAGAGUGCCAUCCAUGACAUCUUCCAGGGGAAAAGAAGGUCAACCCAAACGACGUCGACACUGGUGGAAGACGCUGACAAGCACAACAUCGGCUUGGACAGCGGUGGGCAGAUGUCGACGCGUGUCCAGCAGACGCGUGCUGAGCGACGAGGAAGUGUGGACUCUCGAGACUCAUGGGAGGUGUAG